AUGCAAAACUCAAAAGAUUUUUCGUAUCAACACCCCCACCAAUCACUCAUAAGUCAUAACGCACCUGCUUCGACUUCAUUUCUUAGCCAACAGAGCAUUGUGAACUAUGGGUACGAACCCUCCGCAGACGAAGACGAAGAUAGCUAUGAGAAAUCGGACACUGAAAGAGCGGUUCCGGUGGAGAUUUUUCGUCGGAGAAACAGGGGAAAACGCCGAUUGAAGAAAAAUGGUUGUAAUUUACAGGAUCCGUUAGUAGUAUGUGGUUGCGAUAUCAUGUUAACGAUAUUGAGUUUUCUCGACGCACACAGUGUGGCUUCAUCACUUGCUGUUUCACGUAGAUGGCGUAGAGUCGCUUGCAGUGAUACCAUUUGGUCUGAAAAGAUCAACAAGCUAUGGGCUGACAAAGCUCAUCUACCUCGUUUUGCCCUAGUUGAGGGGUUGUCAAAGCUGAAUGCUUACACCUUAUCCAUUCAGGAUGGCAAACGGGUAAGUCUCUUUAAUAUAUGUGGUCGUAGAGUGUGGCGAAAUUUGGAUCCAUAUUGGAGAGGAACAAGGCAACCAAUGCAUCGCUACUUCCAUGACGAUGGAAGCCAAACUGCGGAUGUUGAUGAUAGGGUAUGGGGAGGCAAUGAAUGUUGUUACUCCAUUGUUGCAAGCUUCUUAGCAGAUGGAAAUAUUAGGAAACAUUAUGUAAGUGUCAACAGUUGGCCAAGAUUGUCUAUAUCAAGGAGGCAUGAUUGGGGUUGGGAAAUGUCAAAUCGCUUCUAUUUCUACUCGAGUGUUCCCGAUGCUUAUAAGCCAGAACAACCAAUAAUCCUUUUCCUUUCUUGCCUUUUAUCUAUCGCCAUCUCCUACGCCGCCACCACCGCCCUUCCUUCCUCUCGCCUUUUCACGGUUGCUUACAUCUCCCACUUGGUCGAUUGCAUCUUGAAUUGUUGUUUUAGCGAGCCUCAAUUACUAUCUCUUUGCUUCCAUGGAUUUGUUUCAGAGGUCAAUAGUAACACAAGAAUAGGGGAUCAAUAUGAAAGGGUCAAUGGUGGUGAUAGGGUGAAAGAUGGUGGAAAGGAAGGUGGUGUAGGAUCUUCGAUGAUGGCUGUAUAG